UGCAUAUUGAAUAUGUAGUAAGUGAAUCGUGUUGGAAACGUAUUGAAAAUUGUGAUUGUUUUUAACGGGUUGGUGUAUAAAUUGUCUUUUUAAAGGAAUUUCCUUGGUUUCUUUAUAUUUUUAUAUACGAUAUCUAGGGUGUUUCUCGUUGUGCAGUAGAAUUUGUACCGUAGCAACAUUGUUGAUCAAACGCCAUUUUCUAAAGCAUUUAUCUGUCGCUAUUUUAUAUUCUGCCACAGUUUUAUAUUAAAAAUCUUAGUGAUUGUUUAAAACGGUACCAGUUGAUUACAUAAACACCAUAUAAAGGUACUUAAGCCAAUGUUGUUAAAGUUAUUUUAGAUAGUCAGUUGUCGAAAUUAUAAAUCAAAACACACAGGGAUUUUGUGCGAUGAUUUUUUAAAAUUAAAGUUUAGGUGAAGUAUGGCACAAUUUCUUGGCCAUGAGGAGCAAAAACCAGAUGAACUAAAUCAGUUUUAUAACAUUGAAGGUAAUCAGACAGUACAGUAUGUAAUAGCUGAUGAUCAUCACCAACAAUUUCCUUCUCAACAGAUUGUUGUUGUCGAUGGUAGCCAAUCACAAUCAGUCAUACUGGAUCAAUCACAAAUAACAUAUCAAGCACUGCCGCAAUACACCAUCGAAGGUGGAGAUCAGCAAGUUUUUUUUAUGGAAGGAACUGCUAAUCAACCAAUUCAACAAGUAAUCCAAUCAAUUGCAUCCCAAUCUGUGCAGGCAGUUGUGCAGGCCCAACCCAUUCAGCAGCAGACGCCAAUUGUCUUGAACCAUAAUAUUGGAAAUGUCAAUAAGACAUUAGGACAAGUUGUUCAAUCUCCAGUUCAAGCACAUCCAGAAAUAAGACCAACUGUUAGAUUACCAAUGCAGCAAAUAAGACCUGCCCAACCAGGACAAAUAAAAGGAACUCCAAGAAUGCAACAACCUAGACAUCAAAUGCCUGGUCAACAAAGACCUCCUUUAGACCCUCAACAACAGCAGAGACCCAGGCUUGCAAUUACUCCACAGAGACCCCAAAUGGUCGAGCAACAGCAAGCAGUAGCCUUACCUGACGGGACUAUAGUUUCAGUAGCUGCUUAUAAAAGAAUGAUUGAGCAAAAAAAUAGAGCCACAGUACAUCAGCAACAGCAGCAACAACAACAAAGAAUUCCAAGUGGUGUGCCAAACAAUCAAAUGGACAAUGAUCAGGUCGGCGUGGUGGGCGGCGGCAAUCCGACCCCGGCCGCGAAGAAGCGAGCGCCAGCGAAUCGCGGAAACGUCAACAGAGGUGGGCGAGCGCCAGCGCGCGGUGGCAGAGUCGGAAUGCCGGCGAACCAGCAGCAGCAGCAGCAAGCAAACUCGAUGCCCGGCAACUUCCCACCCAACCAGUCUCAGUUCGGGGAGUCGCCGGUGCCGCGGCAGUACCAGGCGCAGCACCAGAGGAACCUGAUACAUCAGCGAAAUCAGCCGCCGCAGCGGCCGAUGCUGCAACAACAGCGCUCGCAGGCCAAUUACGUGAUUCAACCGCCUAAUCAGCACAAGCCCACGCAGCAUCGACCGCUGCCUUCCUACAUACCAUCCAGCCAGAUACAACAAAUUAUUGAAAACACUCCUGUUAGCGAAGAAUUCUCCGACUCCAUACGCAUGUUGGUGCUUUUGGACAAUGGCGAGCAAAGAUUGAUAACGUUCACGCUACCGAAAGAAGCAUGCACCAUACAGGAAAUUCUCGAGCAAGUGAACGUGCCGUUCCAGCACGACACCAACAUCCAAGUGACCGAAGCCAACACCAACGGCAUCAACUACAUCGUCACCGUGGGAGAAGUGCCUCAGUUUCAAUACCAGGAGGAAAACGAAGCCGGCGAAGGCGAACAACCUCCUCAGCAAGAGCAACCGCCCAACGUGGCACCGCCGCAACCGGCGAUACCGGAAGCGCCGCCCAAGGAACCGUCGCCGGAACCGGUCAAAGAGAUCCAGCCGAAAUACCUUCCCGGACAGUUGGCGCUGUGCAAAAUUUGCGGCUACCUCUCCGAGGACUUUGCCAAGUGCAUGCGGUGCCAGCGGGUGCUGCCCGACGACGUCAAAGCCAUUCAGAGCAAGGUGCCCACCAACGGUGGCAUGCCGACCGACAUCAGGAGUCCGCUCAACGAGAAAAAAUUGACCGCGCUCAAGAACGGCACCGAUGUUAAACCUUCGCCGACGAUGACGACGAGGAAAAAAGCCAAACCGAAAGCCGUCGAACACGAAACUGUUUGUUUGGUCAGUUCCGACGAAGAGGACGACCCUAAAACGCCAGCUAAAUCGGUAAAUGAGCAACUUUUGUCCAAAUUGGGCGCAUCAAUUAGUAUUAGUCCAGUGACUAAAGAACCCUCACUAACUGAUAUACAAAAACACGUGAUGAACAAAUUUCAUGGUAUCAAUCAGGACAUACUAAACCCUGUUAGCAUGAACUUACUAUGCAGAACAGUCAGAAUAGGCUCUUACCGAUUCGUUCCUACCGAAAAAAUUUUGAUUGAAUCAAGCGGUGUAACAUUAAAAGUGCCUCAUCCCAACAAUGAAAGCGAAAUAAAAACCGUGCGCAUCGAUCAAGGCGACAUCGUUCGCGUCUUGGUCAAUUUUAACAAAGCUCUGCCGUUGCUGUUUUAUUAUUUGACGCCGACGGUGGGCGCCAACGUCCGCGAACUGCUCGGCAUGGAAAAGGGUUCCGAACCGUACUUCAAUCCGCUGUCGGAAAAAGACGAGUCCCACAAACGGAUAACGUUACUUCCGGAAGAAUUCACGGAGGAGGACAAAACUUUUUUGCAGGAAAUUUACACGGGUCCGCCGCACAACAUUCUCGAUGAACUUUUAGCCAAAGAAGCCAACGAUAUUUUGGUGAAAACCUGCCCGAAAGACCUGAAUAAGUCCAUGAGCGGGGGCGGGCUUACCGAGAUUAAACCGCUUUUGCAGUACCCGCCCGAAGGCAGGGGACGGCUGACGAUCAACACGGAGGAUUACAUUUGUCUGGCAACCGAUCAAUUUCUCAACGACGUAAUUAUCGAUUUUUACCUGAAAUAUCUCAUCAACAACUUACCAAAAGAGAAACAGGAAAAAGUUCACGUGUUUUCCACGUUCUUCUACAAAAGACUAACGACUAAGCCGCAGAAAGCCUCGAGAAAAUGUCAACCGACCGAAUUGGACAAUACGUUGACUGCCGCGCAGAAAAGGCACGCCCGCGUCAAAACAUGGACGAAAACUGUGAAUUUAUUCGAAAAGGACUUUGUAAUUGUUCCAAUUAACGAAAAUGCUCAUUGGUUCUUGGCCAUCAUCUGUUUCCCUGGAAUGGAUGGUCCUCAUACUUUCGACGGACAACCCUACAAAUUGGAGCCAAAAACGCCCAAGAAAAAGAAAAAUUUGAAAGAAAAAGAAAAACUUCCCUUGCUGGUGUGCGACGAUCCUGAGCUGAGCGACAAAGACGAAGCAGAAGGAGACGAAAGCGACAUGGAUUCGGAUGAUUCCGACGCUUCCACACCCUCUUCCACUCAAUCGGCAACGACCGUCUUACCCGCGGUUGCAACUGCAUCUCCUGUCAAAGCUGCCAAAGUCGAAAGGCCGCCAAUUAAGCAGCCCUGCAUUUUCAUUUUUGACUCGCUGGCUGGAAAUUGUCGCAGUAGGGUAGUGGCCACUCUCAGAGAUUAUUUAACUUGCGAAUACAAAGCAAAAAUGGAUAAGGAUCGUAUAUUCAACAAGGAUGUUAUCAAAGGAUCCUGCAUAAAAGUUCCACAGCAAAAUAAUUUUACAGAUUGUGGUCUGUAUGUUCUUCAAUAUGUUGAACAAUUUUUCAAGGAUCCUAUUGUAGACUACAAUUUACCAAUGAAACAAUUAAAGAAUUGGUUUGAUGAAAUUGUGGUGACAAGAAAACGAGAAGAAAUAUCUGAAUUAAUAAAAAAUCUUAUGAUGGAAUAUGACAUUGAUUUAGGUCUUUUACCAAACAUUAAGUUCCCAACUUUAAACGGCAAGCUUGUUGAGAGAUGCACAGAAGAAAAUGAGAAUGAAGACAUGUUUGAAGAUUCCUCAUUUGAAGACGAUGAAGAGCAUGAACCUGGGGAAAUUGUUGGCCCAGUAAACAUUGUGUCGACAUUGCCUAUCCAAGAUUCAAGCGCUACAAUGUCAUCGGACAGCCCCCAAUCUGUUAUCAAACCCAGUGAUAACUCGAUGAAUGAAACCUUUAAUCAGUGCAUAAUAAGUGCCCUAAAACCAGACCUAAGUGAAUUUCCUCGUCAAACCACAGACAAAGACACUUUAAGCUACUUAAAGGCUAAACGUAUAAUUAGGCAUAAACUUGGUGUUUCUGAAGGUCCAGAUGCUAAAAAAGCAAAAAGUGAAUAAAAACUGUAACCCUUACAUUUUAUUUAUUGACUGUUUCUUAUAACUUUGUUAAGCUAUUGGGAGUUUUGAAUGUAUGCAGAAUUGUUUUCAUUUUAAACUGAUUUCAUUGAAUUUAUUCAUUAUUAUUUUUAAUAAAACAAUAAAUCGUUA